AUGUCUGGCAAAAAAAAAGAGAUUACACGUACUGGCACCACUCUUCGAUCACAAGAGCAAAAACGUAAAACCGUAUUUAAAUCAGUAUUAAAUUCUCCCUAUACAGUAAAAUGGCCUGAAGUGUCUUUAGAAGGUCAACAAGCUAUACUAGAAGAGCUCUGCAACAUUUUGUCAGCUGUGGGCGAUUACAAGCAGAAAAAGGUUGCAUACAGGAGAAAUCUCAGAUUAAGCCGUUGUAAAAGUGUGAAUAACUCGAAUUCACAGAAAUUCGAAGUAAAAGUAAAUAAAACAUUAUCUACAAUGGAUGUUGACUGCAUAUCGGAGAACACGGAAUGUAUUAUGACAAUUGAAGAUAACGAAAUAGCAACAUCUAGCAAAUCGAUUUCCUUACCACCACCACCUCCUCCUCCGAUCUUAUCAUGCAUCGUAAUUGGAAUUAACGAUGUAACAAAACACCUUGAACAAACAAUUAAUCCUGACAUUAAAACAAAUUUUAAACGAAAAUAUGCGCAAGGAUUGUCAGAUUCAUUAAUUUCAACAAAUCCUAAUAAUCAACUUGUGAACCCUUCGCCCAUUGUAAUUCAAAAUGAACCUUUAACACCUUUACGAAUGAUUUUUGUUUGUAAAGCUGACAUAUCAUCACCUCAUUUAUGUGCACAUCUGCCAAUCAUGUCUUCCAUAGCUAGAAAUGUAUUACUUGUUCCAUUACCCUUGGGAGCUGAGGAAUUGAUUAGCAACAAAGUUGGUAUAAAGAGAGCGUCGUGUAUUGGCGUAAAGACAAAAACGCCUGAAUUUGACGGAAUCUACAAGCUGGCCAAGGAUAAAGUAGGACCUGUUAACGCUCCAUGGUUGACCCCAUUCAAAUCAGAACUUUCAAAGAAACGAAAAGGAAUUGAGGAAGAUGAAAUUAUACCAUCGACUAGUAUAAUGGAUGAUUUUAUAAAGACAACUUGUAAUGAAUAUGUGCCAACUCAAAUUAAACAACUUAUAACAUCUGCUCCAAUAAAGUCUAAGGCGAAGCAAAAAAAAAAUAAAGGGAAAAACAAAAGCAACUGA